AGGUUGCUGUCAAUCACUAUCCGUCCGAGCUUGCUGCACCAGAAAUCAUCCACAAAAGACUGACUCUGACUCGCAACAUUUCUAAUGACUGAUCAGGAAAGGGCCGAACCGGAGCGGAAGGCGAAGAGCCUCACCUUCCGCUCCCAUAAGGAGAUGUUCGAGAAGAUGGAAGAGACGUUCAAGUUCUGCGCAGGCUGCAGGAAGCUGCCCAGCCACCUCUCAGAGGGCCAGACGUUAAAGCGCUGCGUUAAGUGUCUGAAUGUGUAUUACUGCAGUAAGGAGUGCCAGAAGGAGGACUGGCCACAGCAUAAGAAGUUCUGCACACAGCUGCGGCUGGUGGGCAUCGACAGACUGGUUGAGUGGCUGGUGUUUAUAGGAGACCUCCCCUUCCCCACAGAGCAGUGGUCUCGCCCUGCAGCUGAAGUGAAGGGCUGGGAAGACUGGCUCUCCAUGCAGGGAGAUCUAAGACCACGUCUGGAUGCUAUCUUGUCUGGGCAAAACAUGGGAGACCUGUGGGCCAAUGCUUGCAGGCCCCGCCCAGAAGAUGCUGACCUUCGGGAGUCAGUAUGGAGGGUAGCAAGCGAGUUUCUGUCCAGGCCCCUCACCCUGGGCCUGGGGCUGCGUAUUUUUGGCUUGGACCCCUACUCCCGGCCCCUCACCAUCCACCUGGCCGGAGCAUCCCACAGUGAGACCAUGGGGGCCCGACUCACAGACAUGGACGAGCUGACCCGCAUGUUCCCUGGCCACCAGGGCCUGGAGGUGGUGAUGAUUGGGCCAGAGGUGGUGGAGGGACCCAUUUUGAGGCCCCCUCUGAGGGCCUUUGGGCCCCGUGGGAGAGUCUACAUCAGUGCCUACAAGGGCCUCUACCACCAAUUUUGGGAGGAGCUUGUGGAGACAAAGGAAGCGGCCAGGCCUGACCUCGUUGUGGGAUUCCAUCCAGGGUUUGAUGCCAGCCAGGGCCUGGAUGAAGGCUGGCUCCCCACCCUGCUGCUCCUCCGAGACUAUAAUAUCCCAACACUCUUCACCAUGUUCAAUGAGCAGGAGCUGAACUACACCCUGCAGAUUCUUACAGAGCUGGAAAUGCAUAUCACAGGAACUGGACCUAACCCCUUUGCAUCACUGAAACCAGAACAGGUCCAGUCCUGUCCAAACAAAACUCCAGUCUACUACAGCGCCCACUACCUCUGCUUCAAGGGGCUACUGGAGCAGGUGGAGGAGCUGGAGGAAGAGGAAGAUUAAAGCUGUGGACAAAGCAGCCGUUUUACUUUCUUGUACCACACACCAAUAACCAGCUGUGAAACACUGAGGCAGACUGCCCUAGUCUCCUGAUAAGAGGAGAGACAUAUUUUCUCACCAUUUGCACCAGCUGCCAUUUUACUGUCCCCUUAUGUCCCCCUGUAUGUUUCUGUUGUGUAUUAGUGCAGCUAAUUCACAGUGCCAGAACCUGAGCAUGUCCUUUCAGGUGAGCUACUACAGAGCUCUGUAGCUCACACUGACCAAAUUGCUGAAAGGAUGUUAACAGUAAAUGUGCUUUUAAAAUAUUUGGCACUGCCAAUUACAGCCAAUGUCCUCAUCUCAGCACAGGAUUUUUUGAAAGUAUUAAAGAGGUUUAAUGCUCCAUUUUUUGGAAUGUCAGUAUUACAUUCUUCAUUUCAUUGAUUUGUUUGGAAAAAGUGAAAUGUGUCCACUUCCUGACCUUGAAAAUUUAAAACCUUUUUAAACCUUCAGCCAUUUUUGUACACACACUUUUUAUUCUUGUCUGCACCGGCGAGUGGUACCUUUUUGCAUGCCACUUAUCUGUGAAGUUGAACCUGCACACACUCACUUUGUUUAAAUGAACAACGGCCUCUUUUGCAUUCAGUGAUAAGCUCAGUGUCUCUGUGGAAGCAUAUUGUUAAUGAAUACUAACGUUUUAUUCUUUUAUCUGUGAGCAAGAAAAGAAUUUUUGAGGAGUCCAAAAUGAUGCCUACUGAUACAAGCUUGAAAUCAAAUUGACCUUUUUGCAUACAGGUCCCUCACUGUAAUAAAUUAAAUGCUGAAGGGGCUUAUGAAAAAGAUCUUUUUUUGGGGUAUACGUUUAUAAAAAGUGUGAAUUGUUUGUACAGGGAUAGACUUUAGUGUGUUUCUGGUACAAUAUCAAACAUUUACCUUGGAACAGUUGUGUGUGGUUGCGCAAGAAAAAGUGUUACUAUGUGAUAUGAGCACUGACUUUACUAUACAUAGUUAAGAAUAAGAA